AUGAGUGUGCCACAUUGUCAGCUGAAAAUAUAUGCAACAGCUGGUUUUCACAGAACUGUUGCUUAUUAGUAUCGUAAAUUCAAUUAAAGAUUUUGUACAAAGCUAAAAUCAGAACGAAUAAUGAGCGAAACUGCCAGCUGCUCAAAUGCUCAGUCAUUCGUUCCACACGAUACAAAGGCAAACGAUGCCAAGUCGGUAUGGUCUCAUUAUUUGGUUGCUAGAGACAAAAGUGAGGUAGCCAAAUGCAAAAAGUGCAACAAAAUCUUACAAACGAAAGGUGGAUCCACUAAGGGCUUACACACGCAUUUAAAAACACACAAUUCAAACAUUGUGCCUAAGCGAGAUGAACGUGAUGAGUCGCCCGAGCAUGUUCCUUGCAAGCAACAAAAGAUUGCCAACUUUUUUCCAAGUAAAGCUCAAAAUACUCUUGAGGCUAUGUUAGCGCGAAUGACUGCAGUCGACGGAUUUACCUUUUCAGCAUUUGUUAAGUCGGCUGACUUGCGACAAUUGAUGAUUUCAAACGGUUUCCACGUACCUAGAUCGCGGGAGACGAUUCGAAGUAUGGUGCUUAAUUAUCAGAAAGGUAUUCAAAAGAACGUUAUGGAAGAGAUUCAAAAAUUUCAUAGAGACGGUGAAAGGUUCAGCUUGGUAUUUGAUGAGUGGACAUCCAUCUCAAAUAAACAUUAUUUAAACAUUAACAUGUUUUCCAAAUCAAAAUUUUGGAACUUGGGUCUAGUUCGUUAUAAAUGUUCAAUGACAGCUGAAGUGUGUGUCGAAAAAUUGGAAGAGCGUUUACUUGAUUUUCAACUAAAUCUUAACAAAAAUAUUGUAGCUAUAACAACGGAUGGAGCAAGUACGAUGAUUAAAGUCGGAAGGCUUAUAGAACCAUACCAGCAGCUGUGCUUUGCGCACGGUCUCCAACUAGCAAUUAUCGAUGUUCUGUAUAAAAUUGAAUCAAGACCUACAACACUCAACGAAGCUGAUUGCGAUUAUAGUGACGACGAUUUCGAGGAUUUAGACGAAGAUGAUGGUCUUAUUAUUUAUAAUGGUAGUGAGCCUGUUAAAUACACUGAAAAGAAUGAUUUAAAUUUAAUAAUUACAAAAGUUUGCAAAAUUGUGCGUAUAUUUAGAAAAUCGCCCACGAAAAACGAUGCGUUGCAGAAAUAUGUCAAAACUGAGCACAACAAAGAGAUGAAGCUUAUUUUAGAUUGUAAAACAAGAUGGAGUAGUCUUUUAGAAAUGUUGCAGCGUUUUGUUUUACUUGAAACAAGUAUUAGGAAAGCAACAAUUGAUCUCAAAAUUACGUAUUUACAAAGUUCCGAAAUGAAAAUUAUUAAGGAAGUUGUCAGCUUACUUCAGACAAUAAAAGUAACUAUUGAAGCUUUAUGCUCGAGAGAGAUGAAUUUACAUAAAUGCGAUGUAGCGUUACACUUAAUGCUAGAAGAAAUAAAACAAAAUAAAUUUUCUUUAAGUAGGAUUUUGGUAUCGAAAAUUAUUGAAAGAAUUAAGCAGCGUCGAACGAUUAUGUCAGACGUUUUCUCCUUUCUAACGAAUCCUAAUAACAUAUAUGAAGUAUGAUUUUUGUAAAAUGCCGCCUUUGAGUAUAAUUAAAAAAGGAGCUUCUGACUAUACUUAUAAAAUUACAGUCUGAGCCUGUUUUUGAAGAAGAUUUAAAUGAAUGUACUCAUAGCGUCAAUAAUGUAAACGAAAGUUUUAAAGAAAAGUUACAUAAUUUAUUAAGUCAAUCUACUCAAACUUCCACAAAUCGAAAAAAUAAUAAUUUAUCCGGCGUGCUGGUAAAAGAACUAGAAAAAUUUUGUAAUGGAGGAGAUAGGGGUCAUUAUCUUCAAAUGGCUUAUGACUUCCUUUUGACAGUUCAACCGACAAGUGUUGAGGCAGAAAGAUGCUUUUCAUCAGCAGGUUUUGUAUGUAAUAAGUUUAGGUCCAGAUUAGAAGACUCCACCUUGAAUGCUUUGCUGUUCUUGCGUACUUAUUUUAAAGGCAAUAAUAGUAAUUAAUCUUUUUUAAUAUGACUUUAGUCAUAUAAUAUUUCUUAUGUUUGUUUAUGAAGUAGAAUUAAAAUGUUUAGAGGUUUUGUUUUUGUAUUUUUUUGUUUAUAUUUUUUAAUAACUGAAAAUGUUUAGAAUUUUUGUUUUUGUAUUUU